AUGUUACAAUUUAGAAAAGUCUCAGCUAAAGGAGACAUUGCCGCGAAGCUUAUUUCCAGACCUGGUUCAUUGGAGUUAGUCGAGAAAGGAGUUCUGCAGGUUGAUCCCGGUGUUGAUUCACUCAUCAAACAAGGUUCUAUCCAAUAUCCUAGGGUCGAGUCCGUUUCAUUGGAAAGGAUUUCAUGUGAACGACUACAACCUAUUCAAGAAUUGAUCACUAUCCCACCACCUCCGCCACUUUCAUCAACUACAAAGGCACACUGUACAAAUUCCGGCCGUGUUGUUUCUGGAAGAAGUCGUUUAAUUAGUUCGAAUAAAACAUCCACAAGUCGGGCAAUUCGAGACGACACUGUUGUUUCAAAAUUAGGUUCAUUGGUUUUUCAUCAGUAUUGUCCAGACUCAUCGAGUUCAUCUUCUCCAAGCCUAGCUAACGUCUCAUCCUUUCAACAAAAACAACGAGUUCGGGAAUUACAACAGGUUGAAAUGUUACGUCUCCAAGAUACCGCACGUGCUCAUCGUCUAGUCGAACAAGAAUUGUGUGAGCGCGUAAGUACAUGUAAAAAGCCCCUACAUGAAGACGCAUCCUUCAUGGAUCUGACUCCUAACACAUUUAAUAAUCAAAUGAAUAGUCAACUAGCAUUAUCCUGCACUUCCAGUUCAAUGUCGUUGCAAGUCUCUCCAACCCCUUCAAACUCAAUAGUUUGUUCUAAGAAUCAGAUUGGUUUAAGUAACCAACGGACUGGUUCUUCAAAAACGUUACCGUUGGAAUCUAAUUUUAACUUACCCAGUCUUGCUCAUCUUACUCUCACUCAACUUAAAGGGGAAUGCAAGGACAGAAAUUUACCUCGUGCUGGUUCUAAAAUGCAAUUAAUGCGCCUGUUAAAUCCAUAUCGCCGUGAAAUAUUGGUAAAAUAUUUUCCUAAUUCUGUAAUGAAACAAAGUGAAGAAAUCGAAUUGGGGAUAAAUGGACCUCUUCAGUUUUAUCAUAAUGCAAAUCAAACACAGUCUUUCGUAAAACGUCAGGACCAACAUCAAAAACUUUUGGUGAAUUCUGAGCAACCUAUGAUGGAUAUGGAUGUCAACUUAAAAGAUUUUGACUCGUCACUACUAUCCCAAACUAAACCUGUGAAUUUAUGCACUACAGUAUUUUCUUCAGGAUCUACAAUGCCAAAAGAUCUACAAGUAUACUCUGAUGUUGUUAUGAGACCAGACGGUUCCAAUGUGUUAUUUGCUCAACCUUGUGUCUCAUUAAGGCAUUCUGUUUCAGCACCAUUCUUUCCGGAAGUUUCGUCUAACUCGUCCUCAGGACACACAAAUCAUUUUCAAAUUCCUUCUACACAAGGUAAUGUAUCUUCGACAACUCUAAUACCGGUUACUUUCGUUAAUGAUAAUACAAUGAGUGAAACAGACCAAAUUUCACAAAUUCCUGUCUCAACAUAUGAAUUACAGUUUGUUCAACCUACAUCGAAACAAUCAUUUGUGUGCAUGACUCCAAAUGUUCUUUCAGACAAUCAACCAUCAUCCAAUGGAAAUCUUUUACAUCAUCAUCCAUUAACUAGUAUUCCGUCAUCGGAAUCUGGUUAUAUUAUCACUUCAAAUCAACGUCUCCCAUUACCCUUAUCUAUAGAUAAUAGCGUAUCAUCACCAUACAGUGAAUCACAGACUAUGCAUCAUACUUCUGUAAAUAACUCACUUGACAAUCAAUCAUUUUCCGUAUACUCACCAGUAGCAACAUCAAAUCCUACUGGUGGUGAAGGUGGCGGCGGUGGUUGUACUGGUUUUUCAACACCAUCGACAACACUUCAUCAAAUUGAAGAGAUGUGGUUAAGGAUUCGUCAAUUAAGACGUAAUAUUGAACAGACAAAAAAUUCACAAUAUAGUUCAAAUGAGUCUGAAACUUUGUCAGCUCCAGCAAAUUUAGAAUAUUUACAACAAGAACACAAUCGUCUAGCAGUACUUUGUCGUCUGCUCAUUAUUGAACGUUUAGAUACGUUGGAUGAAAUAAGUGCAAAUGGUACUAGAUUUUUUGAAUCAAACGAUUCGUCCAGUUCUGAUUUCAAAAUUGAACGAAAUUUAUUAAAUUCUUAUUUAAGACGUCUUGGUGGUUCAAUUUUAACAAAUAGUUUAUCUUCACCCAAUACAGAAUCAAUCUUGUCAACUAAUUCUAGUUCGUUUUUAUUUGAGCAAUCGAGUUGUGGUCAUACAACGAAUUAUACUACGUGUAAUACAUUACAAACACCGGAAAAAAUGUUUUCUGAUUCUUAUCCUAUGACACCUGAGUCAAGAUUUGAUGAUCACGGAAGUGUUGAGUUUACAGACAUUACUACUACUAAUAGUAAUAAUAAUAGUAGUAGUCAUGAAUUAUUUAAUCAUGAACAACAAUUAACAUUAAACAAUAACGAUAUAUUGAAUCAUCACUGUGAUGAAGAUGAUGAUGAACAGAUUUGUUCUGACUUGCAAAAUUCACCUGUUUCUGGUCAUUUGAAAUCUUGUGCAUAUGAUAAUCCACUGGAACAACUCCCAUCACCAAUGACUACAGAUAUACUUUUUGAAUUAUGGAAUAGUGUUGUGGAAGAUACUUCUGGGCAAUCAAUGCUAACUACUAAUACCGUCACCACUACUGGUUCUACUAAUGUUGAUUCGUCUAACGCAACUAUGUACAAUAAUAACCACCAUGAUAUAUCCAUUACAAAUCCAAAUGAUUUAUCAAAUUUUUACUCAGUUCAAAGUAAUAAUAGUACAAUGAAUUUUACAGAUGCAUCAUAUCAUACAGUUAGAAAUACAACUGAUAACUAUAAAAGUAGUGGGAAUAACACUACUUCAUUGUCUUGUUCUUUUAUUUCUUCCUCUCCCGUUAUUACGUCCACGACUACUACUACUACUACUACCACCACUUCUACUGCUAAUACUACUCCAUCUCCUAUUCCCGCUUCUCCUUCUGCUGCCUUGAUGAGAUCAAUAGCUUGUAGUACUGUUUCUUCGACUACUACUGUUCAAUCGAAUAUCAAUUAUCCAUCAAUGGACAGAGAUCAAUUGCCCGUUCAGUUAUCGGAUAGUUUAAGAAGAAUACCUAUUAUUAACCAUCUUUCAUCGCCAUCUAAUUUACAAUCUAAUAAUUUUCUGCGUUAUCCAACUUUUAAUUCUCAAACAUUUAUCCCGUCAUCCAAUUCAUUAACUCCCACUACUGCUUCUACUAUUAUGUUCAGUAAUCAUGGAAAUGAAAUGAAUCCUCAAUUCCAUCCGUUAUUAUGGUCUCAUGCAGCAGAUAGAAUUUUACCUGUCAAGAAAAGUAGUUCAUCAAAUGUGUUCAGUACUGCUACUGAUCAUAUUAACACUAAUGAUAAACGUGUCGGAUUUCUACAUUGUACUGAUAAAUCAUCAUCUCACUUAUGUUCAAUGAUAAAUUUCGGGUCGACUUCACAAAAUCAUAUACGACAACCAACUACAGAAUUUCUAACGGAUAUUUUAUUGACAUCGUCAUCAUCAUCAUCGUCAUUCAAUAAUAAUCCCAGCUUAAGUGUUGGUGAAUUAAUGGAUACAACAACAACGACAACAACCAAUACAGAUUUUUCAUCGAUUUUAUCAUUUCCUGUUUCAUUAAAUUUAAACUGGUCAAUAGGUACUUAA